UUCUGUUCAGUUGGAAUGAGCUCUGCCUGGGAACCCGUGGACUAGAGUAUCUCACUGGAAGUUCGCGGAGCCACAAGGACCAGUCCUGAAAAGUGUUUCCGCUCAAAACCCAAUUCCAGAACGGAGCUGAGAGACCGACUGGGGAGACCCUCUCCGUCUCCAGGGGUAUUGUGAUUGCAGAUGAGGGGGCUGUGGGGUAACCCCUCCAAAUACCUCCUGCUAUUGAUCCUGGAGUCAUUGGCUUUCCACGAAAGCCAGGCUGUAACCCCAUGGGGUCUCCCCGUUUGGGGAGACCAGCCGACCUUGCAGAUACAGGCUGCAAUGGAAGAAUUGGCAGCCUCAACACGGACACCUAGUUACCGGCCAGAAGGCUCUCACUCUCUGCACUAUUUCUACUUGACGUUGUCCAGUUCCGGCCAGGAAGUGCCCAACUUUGUGUCCGUGGGGUACAUGAAUGAUGAGCUCUUCAUUUGGUAUGACAGUAAGACCCAUCUGGCAGAGGCCCGGGCUCCAUGGAUGUCAGCGUUGGAGGCUGAGUAUUGGGAGCGGGAAAACCAAAACCAGAGGGCCUGGGAAAACGUGCAGAGAGCAGAGAUCCAGUCCAUCAUGAAAAGCCUCAAUCACAGUGGGGAGAGUCACAGCGUUCAGAGGAUGUUCGGCUGUGAGAUCCAAGAGGACAACAGCACCAGUGCAUUCUGGCAGUUGGGUUACGACGGGGAAGAUCACCUGACCCUGAAUCUGGACACGCUCACCUGGAUCACCGCUAACCCCUUAGCCCAGGAAACCAAGAAGUGGAGUGAUCAAGAGGAGUGCUAUGCCCAAUAUAACAGGGCCUACCUGCAGGGGUUGUGUUUCACCUCUCUCCUCCGAUACCUGGAGUUGGGCCGAGGACACUUGAGUCGAAAAGUGCCCCCUGUGGUCCACGUGACACGCCACCUGGCCCACAGCGGGGAGCCUAUGCUGAGGUGUGGGGCCCACGGCUUCUACCCGCGGGACAUCUGGCUCAGCUGGCGGCGGGACGGCCAGGAGCUGAUCCAGGAGAUAGAAUACGUGGAGAGCCGGCCCGGAGGGGACGGGACCUACCAGAGCUGGGUGGCCGUGGGGGUCCCCCCCGGGGAGGAGCACAGAUACACCUGCCACGUGGAACACCGGGGGCUGGAGCGGCCCCUCAUCGUCACCUGGGAGCCGCCAUUUGACCCCAGCCCGUUCUUCGUCGGUGCUGUCGUUGUCCUGGCCCUCUCCAUCGUGGCCGCCGUGACCUGGAUGAGGAGGAAGAAGAGGAGGAAAAGGCCAGCAGCCUCAGGGGAUCCCGUGGGAGAAGGCGAGGGCCACGAGAGAGGCGCCUUCCUAGAGACAUCUUCCACCCCCGCCGCACCGACGCAAUCAACGCCCGGCCCUCCUGCGUGCUAGGGUGGAAACCCGGGUGGAGACCAAGUUCUGCCCUCUUCUGCCCUGCCCCUCGGUGCUCUGCCCCUGCUGCCCCUGUACCUCUCUAUAAACUCUGUUCCGUCCCCCUACUUUUCACUUUUUUUAGUGUCUGGCUCCCCAGCUAGAUUGUAAGCUCCUUAAGGGCAAGGAUAUGUCUGCUUAGGCUAUUGGAUUCACAGGUACUCAACAAAUCUUUUUGUCCAACACGACUGUUAUGCAGAUUGAGGCCCCAUGGCAGCACUAUGGAGAACAUUCAGUUCGCUGCACAUUGAACUAAUGAUUUCAAAGCAGUCUCCUGUGAUAUGAUGUCACAGGGGUGCCAUUUGCAUGUGGUUGAUCUCCAAGGUUGUCUGGGACCCUAGCAAGCCUACCAACCUCAAGGUGAAGGGGUUCAAUUACUUACUCUCCUACAUGGUGCUGCCCUGUCUUCCCCUGCCACUUGCCUCCCGAGUUACCUUGGGCAAAUCACUGAACUUCUCUGAGCCUCAGUUUCCUCAUCUGUAAAAUGGGGAUAAGAUUCCGGGUCUCCCUCCCACUUAGACUGUAAGCCCCAUAUUGAACCGUCUGGUCUGCCUAUAUUGUUUCAAUUACAUCACUCGGUACAUAGUAAGCACUUCAAAAUUACCAUUAUUAUUAGCUCAGUUGGAGGUGUGAUGAUGGUGA